UGGCAAUGAGACUUAGCUUCAUCCUGUAUUUCCCCUCUUAAAUCCUGUUCCUCUUCUUCACAGCCUUUCUUCCCCACCCUCCCCAAAACCCUCACCACUCAGUCAUCUGAAAACUCAGGUGUAGUGAGAAUGAGAAUAGGCCUAGUAUUCAAUACCCAUGGCCCUUCACUGGAGAGAAGAGGGCCUUUUUAUACUUGUUUUACAGUUUUCAUUUUUUCUUCUGUGGUUUCUGUUGAUCACUUAAGGGUCAGACGCAGUGUGCCUGCUGGGCUGUGACCAGGUUCACAGCCAUGCCAAUCAGUGGGUGAAGCUUGAGGCAGUGAUGGAGCCACUGCAGCAGCAGAAGCAGCAGCAGCAGCAGCAGAAGCAACCGCACCUGGCUUCUUUGCAGAUGGAUGCCCGGGAGAAGCAGGGACAGCAGAUGAGAGAAACCCAGUUCUUGUAUGCCCAGAAGCUGGUCACACAGCCCACUCUCCUUUCUGCCACACCUGGAAGGCCUUCUGCCAACCCUGCCCUGGGUCCCUUAGCCAGAGUUCCACCAGCCACUGCAGCCCCCCGAGUUUUUGAACAAAGCAGCGUGAACUCAGAACCUGAGGAAGAGGAGGGAGGUUUGGAAGAUGAGGAUGGGGAUGAUGAAGAUGCAGAGGUGGCUGAGAAAGAAGCACAGUCUGCUUCAAAGUGUUUCCACGUGCAGAAAGCAGUUCACCAAGACUUCAGAGCAGCGCCCAUGUCCAGUCUCCUUCCAGCACCAGGGCUCCCAUCUCAUGGACUGCAGACUAAAGAAGACCAUACCAAAGAUGCUUCCAAGGCCUCACCUUCAGUCUCCACGUCUGGGCAGCCAAGCUGGAAUCUGGAGGAGCAGCUCAAGCAGAAUGGUGGUUUGACCUGGAGUGAUGAUGCUGAUGGAGGCCGGGGAAGAGAGAUCUCUCGAGAUUUUGCCAAGCUGUAUGAAUUGGAUGGUGAUCCUGAAAGGAAAGAGUUCCUGGAUGAUCUCUUCGUCUUUAUGCAGAAGAGGGGGACCCCCAUCAACCGAAUACCCAUCAUGGCCAAGCAGAUCCUGGACCUGUACAUGCUGUACAAGCUGGUGACAGAGAAGGGGGGCCUGGUGGAAAUCAUCAACAAGAAGAUCUGGAGAGAGAUCACCAAAGGCCUGAACCUGCCCACGUCCAUUACCAGCGCUGCCUUCACCCUGAGGACCCAGUACAUGAAGUAUCUGUAUGCCUACGAGUGUGAGAAAAAAGCCUUGAGCUCCCCAGCUGAGCUCCAGGCAGCCAUCGAUGGUAACCGGAGGGAGGGCCGGCGGCCCAGCUACAGUUCCUCCCUCUUUGGCUACUCACCCACCGCUGCUACUGCUGCGGCCACCGGGGCCCCUGCCCUACUCUCCCCACCCAAGAUCCGCUUCCCCAUCCUCGGGCUUGGCUCCAGCAGUGGCACCAGUGCCAGUGGCCCUCGGAUAUCCCCAGCAACCACUCUCAGGAAAGGUGAUGGAGUCCCAGUGACAACAGUGCCCGUGCCAAAUCGCCUGGCUGUGCCCGUGACCUUGGCAGGCCAGCAGCCCGGUACUCGGACUGCCACACUGGAACAGCUUCGGGAGCGGCUGGAGUCAGGGGAGCCUCCUGAGAAGAAGGCAUCGAGGCUAUCGGAGGAGGAGCAGCGCCUGGUGCAGCAGGCCUUCCAGCGCAACUUUUUCAGCAUGGCGCGGCAGCUCCCCAUGAAGAUCAGGAUCAACGGCAGAGCAGAAGACAGAUCAGAGGCCUCAGCUGCAGCCCUGAACUUGACCACAAGCAGCAUUGGGAGCAUCAACAUGUCUGUGGACAUCGACGGCACCACCUACGCAGGUGUGCUGUUUGCCCAGAAACCUGUGGUCCACCUCAUCGCAGGAUCUGCUCCCCAGAGCGUCGGCAGCAGUGCCAGCAGCAGCAGUUCUCACUGCUCGCCAAGUCCUACCUCAUCCCGGGGCACCCCCGGUGCAGAGCCGUCCACCAGCUGGUCCCUCUGACGGGCAGAGCCGGCUUCCCACUCCCGCUCUCCUGUCGAGAGUGAAGGACGUUGAUGCACAGAAUUUACCUCAUCUCACGGAGCCCACG